AUGAGCAACGAGGUGCUGAUUGUGUCGGCGGUGCGCACGCCGGUGGGCGCAUUCCAGGGUGUGCUCAAGAGCCAGGGUGCGGUGGAUCUCGGCGUGGUCGCGGCCAAGGCCGCGAUUGAGCGCGCGGGGAUCCAGCCGAGCGACGUGGAAGAGGCCUACUUUGGCUGCGUCCUCCAGGGAAACCUGGGGCAGGCGCCCGCGCGCCAGGUCGUGCUCCGCGCGGGGUGCCCGGACACGACUGAGGCCACGACCGUGAACAAGGUGUGCGCGAGCGGCAUGAAGGCCGCGGCGCUCGCGACGCAGUCCAUCCAGCUGGGCCUGCGCGACGUGAUGCUCGUCGGCGGCAUGGAAAGCAUGAGCCAGUCGCCGUUCUACCUGCCGCGCGGCGGGCUGGCGUUUGGCGACGCAACGGCCUCGGACGCGAUCCUCAAGGACGGCCUCACCGACGCGCUCGACCACCAGCACAUGGGUCUCUGUGCGGAAAACACGGCCAAGGAGCACGGCAUCACGCGCGAGGCGCAGGAUGCGUACGCCUUGCAGUCGUACGACCGCGCGUCGGCCGCCUGGAGCGCCGGCGCGUUCGCCGACGAAAUUGCCCCGGUCACGAUCCGCGACCGCAAGGGCGAGACGGUCGUGAAGGAGGACGAGGAGUACAAAAAGCUCAACAAGGACAAGCUCACGACGCUGCGCCCUGCUUUCCUCAAGGACGGCACGGUGACGGCGGCCAACGCCAGCUCGCUCAACGACGGCGCAAGUGCACUGAUCCUCGCGAGCCACAAGGCAGUCGCACAGCACAACCUGCGGGCGAUCGCCAAGGUGAUUGCGACGGCGGACGCGGCGCGUGCGCCGGUCGACUUUGGCAUCGCGCCAGCCAAGGCGAUUCCCAUCGCCCUCGAGCGUGCAGGACUCUCCAUCGACCAGAUCGCGCUGUUUGAGAUCAACGAGGCAUUCUCGGUAGUGGCCCUCGCCAACGCCCAGAUCCUCGGGCUGGACGUGGCCAAGGUCAACACGCUCGGUGGCGGCGUCUCGCUCGGCCACCCGAUCGGAUCGUCGGGCUCGCGGAUUAUGGUCACCCUCGCACACGCCCUCAAGCCGGGAGAGUUUGGCGUGGCUAGCGUCUGCAACGGCGGCGGCGGCGCCUCGGCAGUGGUCCUGCAGCGUUUGUAG